AUUGCCUUGAUCAUACUGAAGUGAAAAUAUGGCCACCUUUCAAAUAUCCCAUACGCCAGCAUCAUCACAAUUCUCAUCCAAUAAUGGUGCAUCAACAUCAUAUCUGCAUUUAUCAGGACAUGGACAAAGCUCAAAAAGCAGAGCAGAUCAAGAUGGAGAUCAACAGAUGUUCGAAACAGAAGAAGAUGGUGAAAUGGAUGAAGAUAUGAUGGGUGAAAGCGAAUCUUCGACAAGACUAGCAACCGCUGGUCAAGCGAUCGCUUCUUCUGUCACGUUCAUGCGUGGACAUGGUGCUUACCUUUCUUCUGCUUCCGUCUCGGAUGGUGCAGCACCUCUGAUUCGAUCAUCGUUGUGCGGCGUAGUACGAAAGACAAACAAGCUAAUCAGCGUCAAUUCACUCAAAACAAGAUAUGCACCAGAAGUUGGUGAUCUUGUCGUCGGACGAAUCACUGAUUUGCAACCGGGUAAUCGAAGAUGGAGAGUAGACGUUCGUUCACGUCAAGAAGCCAAUCUUCUUUUGAGUAGUAUCAAUUUACCCGGUGGUAUUCAAAGAAGAAAGCUUGAGUCUGAUGAACUGGAAAUGCGCAAUUAUUUCAAAGAAGGCGAUUUACUCGUUUGUGAAGUUCAAUCGCUCUUUCAUGACGGAUCCACAAGCUUACACACUCGUAGUCUGAAUUAUGGUAAAUUACGUAACGGACAGCUUGCGAUUGUGAACCCAUGCUUGAUUCGAAGGUUGAAGAGCCAUUUCGUACGAUUGGAAGAACUAGGACUGGAAAUAAUCAUCGGCUUGAAUGGCGUCUUGUGGAUCUCCAUGCUUGACACAGGAAAAGUCAAUAUCACCACCGGAACAGGUCGUGAUAUCGAAGCAAUUUACUCUGACGCAAACGACAUCGUAUCCAACUCUGUUCGUCGUCGAAUCGGUCGAAUGUUGGAGAUCGUUGCAAUACUAUCACACAAUCAUCGACCGAUUUCCGAUGUGGCCCUCAUUAGAGGGUAUGAAGCUUCCGUUGGACUCGCUCCCUUGGACGAAGGGGAAAGCAAUGAGAUGGAAAAGCCACAAAAUGCUCUGACAGCUGAUAUUUGUCGUGCAAUUCUAGAUCACAUCGAUGAAUCAGCCGAUUAAAGUCAGACUUUCAAAUAUAGAGAUAUUGUACUUAUAUUGACAACAUAAUCGUAAAAAUACAGUGUGGGCUCAUAUCAUUCAUUCAAUCGUCUCCUUU